GCUAUCAAAGCUACAAACACUACUUCUAAAAUGAGUCUUAAAGAGAAGAUGGACGGAGACACUGCAGACUCUACAGAACCCAGCUGUGUGUCUAUGAAGAGUAACAGAUCUAUAGAGCAGCCUGUUGCUUUCAGUGAUAGAGAAGUGACCUCUGACCCCAGCAGUGGUGAAAGGAAAAAGCUGAUCCACACUCAGUCCAGAUGUGGAGUUUGUGAGCAGGUUCUGAGAGAUCCAGUAUCUAUCACCUGUGGACACAUUUUCUGCAGACAGUGCAUCAGCUGCUAUUGGGAUCAAUCCAGACCAUCAGAAGACUUUGACUGUCCUAAGUGUAGAAAGCGAUCCAAAACACAUCCUGCUCUGCAAACACGUCAUGUCAUGGGAGAAUCCAGUUCUGCUGAUUUGUCUCACUGUUAUACAUAUUCUGCCCUGCAGAAGAAGACUGAACUACAGACAGUCAAAGAGCAACACAAAACUAGCAUGAAGAAAAAGUAUGACAUCAUAUUCGAAGGAAUGAGACUCCAAGAGAAUAAAACCUUCCUGAACAAGAUCUACACACAGCUCUACAUUAUAGAGGGAGAAAGUGAAGGGGUGAAUAUAGAACAUGAGGUUUUACAGAUGGAGAAAUCAGACAGAAUACAACACUCACAACACACUCCAAUCAACUGUAAUGACAUCUUUAAACCCUUACUUGAACCAGGAUGUGAGGAGAAAGACAAAAUCAAGGCUGUUCUUACUAAAGGCAUUGCUGGAAUUGGAAAAACUGUCUCUGCGCAGAAGUUCAUUCUAGACUGGGCAGAGGGAAAAGCCAAUCAGGAUGUAGAUUUCAUGUUUGUGUUUCCAUUUCGAGAGCUGAACUUGAUUCAAGAUCAUCAGUACAGUCUUCACAGGCUUCUGCUGGACUUUCAUCCUGAACUUAAAAAUGUGGACUCAAAGAUUUAUGAGGAGUGUAAAGUUGUUUUCAUCUUAGAUGGUCUGGAUGAAAGCAGAAUAACACUGAUGUUUUCAGACAGUGAUAAAGUUUCUGAUGUGACUGAGAGUUCAUCAGUGGAUGUGUUGAUAACAAACCUCAUGAAAGGUGAGCUGCUUCCCUCUGCUCUCAUUUGGAUCACCUCCAGACCAGCAGCAACCAGUCAGAUCCCAUUUAAAUAUAUUAGCCGUGUGACAGAAAUUCAAGGAUUCAGUGACCCUCAGAAGGAGGAAUAUUUCAGGAAGAGAAUCAGUGAUAAGCACCAAGCCAGCAAAAUAAUCUCACACAUUAGAAGAGUAAGAAGCCUCCACAUCAUGUGUCACAUACCCGUCUUCUGCUGGAUCUCAUCCACUGUGCUUCAAAACUUUCUGAAACAAGAUGACAGUGCAGAAAUCCCUCAAACUCUGACAGAAAUGUAUAUCCACUUUUUGCUUAUUCAAAUCAACAUGAGGAAUCAAAAGUAUGAAAAAAGGAAUCCAGAGAAGUCCAGCAGAGAAGUGAUUGUGAAACUUGCUGAAGUGGCUUUCAAACAGCUAAUUAAAGGCAAUGUAAUGAUCUAUGAGGAGGAUCUGAGAGAGAGUGGCAUAGACAUCACAGACGCUGCAGUGUAUUCUGGGAUUUGCACUGUGAUCUUUAAAGAGGAAUCUGUGAUUCAUCAGAGGAAAGUCUACAGCUUUAUACAUUUGAGCUUUCAGGAAUUUCUUGCUGCUUUCUAUGUGUUUUACCAUUAUGUAAUGAAACAUACUGACACAUUGAAGUUCUUUGAUAUAGUUCAUAAUUUACAUAAGGAAAUGGUCAAUAAAGCCAUUGAGAGUAAAAAUGGACACUUGGAUCUUCUCCUGCGGUUCCUGCUGGGCAUCUCACUGGAGUCCAAUCAGAGACUCUUACAGGAUCUACUGUCAGACACAGAGAACAGCUCAGAGAGCAUCAGUAAAACCACACAGUACAUUAAAGAGAAGAUUAAAGAUGGAAAAGGACUCUCCACUGAAAGAUCUAUUAAUCUGUUCCUCUGUCUGCUGGAAAUGAAGGAUCAGACUCUGUCCAGUGAGAUUCAGGUGUUAAUGAAAUCAGACAAACAUUCAAAGAACAGACUCUCUCCUGCUCACUGCUCAACAAUUGCCUACAUGCUUCAAAUGUCAGAGGAGGUGCUGGAUGAACUGGAUCUAAAAAAAUACAACACAUCAGAUGAAGACAGAAAAAGACUGAUACCAGCUGUGAUCAACUGCAGAAAAGCUCUUCUUGCUGGCUCUGAUCUCACUGACCAGCACUGUGAAAUUGUGUCAUCAACUCUACAAUCCUCAAACUCUGUCCUGAGAGAGCUGGACCUGAGUAACAAUGAUCUGCAGGAUUCAGGAGUCAAGAUAUUAUCUGAUGGGCUGAAGAGUCAAAAUUGUCAGCUAAAGAUACUGAGGUUGUCUGGCUGUAUGGUGACAGAGGAAGGCUGUAGUUAUCUGUCUUCAGCUCUGAGUUCAAACCCCUCACACCUGAGAGAGCUGGAUCUGAGCUAUAAUCACCUAGGAAAAUCAGGAACCCAGCUGCUCUCUGACAAGCUAAACGAUGCAAACUGUUCACUGCAGAUACUAAAGCAACCUGCCCUCUGUCAAGCUAUCACUGAGUACCUCAAGCAGAUCAUCUCCCAGCUCCGACCAGAAAGCCUUAUAGAAGUCGACCGGGAGGCCAUCCACUCCUGGUGCCCUCCCAGACUCCAUGCUUUGCAGGGCCUUGAAGAGCUCUUCCAGGUUUUGCCCCAUGUCACAUUAUCUACGUCCUUACGACCCUCAUCCGAACGUGUCUCGGCGUGUGUCGGCGCGAUCGCUCCCUCCACCGUCUCACUGGAAGAGGCCGGAGGAGGAGUCGCCGCCGCCGGCGCCACCGAGCCCUCUCCCGGGGGAGCCCCCUCAGCCUCACCGCUAACCCCGCUAGCCUUGUCUAUGCUGUCUAAAAACACAACGAUGGCGCUGUUCAUUCGAGAGGCUGAGAGCACACUCCCGUGCCCCACUACCUCACCCACUGCCAGGCAAGCCUCCUCCACACUCACCGCUGAUGCCACCUUCACAGCGUGGCGUCGCGUGAAUGAGUUUAAAACUCCCCCGCGCGGGGCCGACAUGCCUCCUCAGAGUGAAGAGCACGCGGCCCGAAACACAGCAAAGACUACCGCUAACUAUACAGACAGAGAUAGACAGAAAAAGAAAAAAAGAAAAGAGUUUCACUCACAACACUCCACACCUACUCCACCCGCACUCAUAGCACUCCGUCCACUCGCUCACACUCGCACACCGGAAUCUCUUUGUUUCUGUUCAGAUGCCUGUGAUCUUACGCUGGAUCCAAAUACAGUACACACUCGUCUCAAUCUGUCUGAGGACAACAGAAAGGUGACACAUAAGGAAGAGGAACAGUCAUAUCCAGAUCAUCCAGAGAGAUUUGAAAACUGUCAUCAGGUUUUGUGUAGAGAGAGUCUGACUGGACGCUGUUACUGGGAGGUUGAACGGAGUGGAAGAGGGGCUGAUAUAGCAGUGGCAUAUAAAGCAAUCAACAGAAAAGGAGAGAGUCAUGACUGUUGGUUUGGAUACAAUGACAAAUCCUGGAGUCUGUACUGGUCUGAAAAUGAAUUCACUGUCUGGCACAAUAAUGGGAACAAUAACAUUCAGUUACCUUCAUCUCCCUCUAAAAGAAUAGGGGUGUUUCUAGACUGGUCAGCCGGCACUCUGUCUUUCUACAGUGUCUCUGACACACACAAACUCGAUCCCUUAUACACAUUCAGCACUACAUUCACUGAACCCCUCUAUGCUGGAUUUAGAGUUUAUGAUGUCUCAGUGUCUCUGUGUCAGAUUGAACUUGCUGUAAGAAAACCCUGAGACAUCAUAAACAAACUGCCACUUUUUGUUGAAAAUGUAUGCACUUAAAUGUUAAGGACCCCAUUAAACCAAAAUGUAAAUUUUGUCGUUUUUAGUCUGUUUUUUAGUACAUCUACAAUAACUGUCUAAAUGACAGUUUUUGAUGUUUUUAAUGCCCAAAGUGAUUUCCUUAAUACAGAAUUUAUUAGAGAGGCACUCUUCCAUUUAUCACCCGAGAAGUGCACUUUGUUGCUGAACAGAAAUUAUCUUUCCUGGAAAGACUUUAAGGUUUGAUUAUCACCUGAUUUUGUGUUUGAUUGACUUUAUGUUGGAUUAUAAUUGACAGACACAGCAGAUGAAUACUGUAUCAGGGAAAAAGCACAUCAUAAGACGUCUGUUCAGGUAUUAGGUAUUGUGUGUUGUUCUAGAUAAGUCAUUGUAGACUUCAGCACAGGUGAUGAUCUGUUUAAACACUCUGGGCUCUGGUGAACUAUUUAUUUGGUGCAUUUGUGACCUUAUAAAAUCAUUGUUAUUAUUUCUUCAAAGGAUCCAGGGGCUCAGUUUCAUCCUGUUGGAUUGUUAAGAACUGUUAGAUCAAACUUAUACAUUAUACCAAGGAAAUCACAGGUUAAUAAUUAUAC